GUGUGUGUGUGUGUGUGUGUGUGUCUCCUCCAUAGAGUGACAUCAUGCUGCAGGCUCUGGUCCUCCUGCUGCUUCAGGCAGCAUAUGUUUUUGGAUGUGGUACACCUGCUGUAAAGCCUGACACCAACAGGGUGGUGAAUGGACAGGAUGCCCGCCCCCACAGCUGGCCCUGGCAGAUCUCCCUGCAGGUGAAACAUGGCAGCCGUUACCAUCACACUUGUGGAGGAACUCUGAUCGCACCUCGUUGGGUGCUGACUGCUGGACAUUGCAUCUGGCCGGGAGACGUGUAUCGUGUGGUGCUGGGAGAGCACGACAUGAGUCAGCAGGAGGGGACUGAGCAGAUCAGAGAUGUUCUGCGUAUCAUUGUUCAUCCCAAGUGGGACAUUGACCAUGUGGGUGAUGGCAAUGAUCUGGCCCUGCUCAAACUGGAUAAGAGCCCCGUCAUGAGCGACAGCGUUAGCGUGGCUUGUCUUCCAGAGGCUGGAGAGAUCCCCACCCAUGGGACUCCGUGUUACAUCUCCGGCUGGGGCAACCUUUACACUCAUGGACCUAUGCCUGACAAGCUGCAGCAGGCCCUGCUGCCCGUGGUGGGGUACAGCGUGUGCAGCCGCAGCGACUGGUGGGGCAUCAACGUCAAGACCACCAUGAUCUGUGCAGGAGGAGACGUCGUAGCCGGAUGCAACGGAGACUCUGGUGGUCCUCUGAACUGCAGGGGUCAGGAUGGUAAGUGGUACGUCCAGGGUGUGACCAGCUUCGUUUCCUCCCGCGUCUGCAACGAGGUCAAGAAGCCCACCGUCUUCACCCGUACCUCUGCCUUCACCGACUGGCUCAGUGACGUCAUGCUGCAUUACUGAGGAUCUGCUGGACACCGUCUGAUCGAGUCCAAAAGAUAAUGAUGUCCCGAGUCCCGUUCAUUUUUAAGCUGAACAUCAGGGUCAGACACGGACCAACAUGUCAGUCAUCACUGAAAAACAUUAGAAUAAGAAG